AUGACGCAGCUGGAGACGUUAGCGAAUGAACUCUUCAUAGAAGUAUUCGAGUAUCUAGAUGGUAUUCAUAUUCUUUGCGCAUUUGGCGAUUUGAAUACUCGAUUUAACACACUUCUUCUUGCACAUUUUUCGCCUUAUCAACUGGAUUUUCGAUCAGUAUCCAAAUAUGAUUUCGACCUUAUUUGUCAACGUUAUUUACCACUAAUUGACGAUCGUGUCAUUCAAAUAUGUUUUUCGAAUGAUAUAGAAACCCCUUUUUUAUAUCAUCGCUUUUUGUUGCACAAUUUAACGUUGAAUCAAUUCACUAUUUUACAAUCACUUUCAUUGGUACACAUCGGUUCCUUAGAAAAAAUCAAUCGAAUCAUCAACGAGUCUUCAUUAUGUACGAUUCAUCUCAAGUAUUUAACAAUCACGAAUUAUUUCACUGAAAAUAGUGUCCAUUUCGAUUGUUUGAUCAAUCAGAUAUGGCUCCUUCCAAGAUUGAUUCGUUGCACUCUAAAUAGCCCUUCGAUGGUAACACAAUUUUCUCUAUCCAGUUUAUCGACCAUAUCGUCCUCGAUAGAAUAUUUUUCCACGGUACAUCUACAAUUCAUUUGCGAUGAUAUAAGUCAUUUAUUCGAAUAUACGCCUCGACUUCGAUAUCUUCGAGUGACUCUUGGUUACGAUUACGAAGUUGAAUCAUCUCCCAAAGUACCUGUUGCGCUCACGGCAUUACAUCUUUAUGCUCGUUUCUCUGAUAUUGGUCUUCGGUGCCUUCUUCAAAAUGCAUCACAUUUACUUCGUCUGAUAGUCAGAACAGAAGAUUUUUAUUUGAACGGACAUCAAUGGAAACAUAUCAUAGUUAAUCAUCUGCCAAAUCUACAAAUAGUUCGAUUUCGAAUGCAUUUCAAAUGUGAAGAAAAUCAAAACAUACAAGAACUUAUUGAAGCACUCUUGAAUACAUUUCGAACUCCAUUUUGGCUUGAUGAUCACGGCUGGUUUAUUCAAUGUCAAUGGGAUUCACAGAGCGUGUGUGAUAAUAUUUAUUUUUAUACUUUACCGAUGUUUAUCGACGAUUUGUACGUAUUAGAUUCAAGAACAUGUUACAAAUCAACGUGCCCGAACGAUUCAUUCUGUUAUGCUUAUGACUCCAUACAGAAUAUAUUGCCUCAACCUAAUGUUGACGAUAGGCAACGAAUUCCUAUUCAUUGUCCUCAAAUUAAAUCUAUUAAAAUCACCCUUCCAAUCCAUGAAAAUAUCUGGUCCGUCUUCGCUACGUUGAAUCAUCUAACUUCUCUGCAUCUAUCUAAUCAAGAAUCUUCCACAUAUAUUGAAUAUCAAUUAGAGUCAUUACUCAAUCAAACAUCCACUCUCUACUCGCUAGUUGUAAAUGAACAUCUAGCAUUAAGAUUGUCAUCAUUGAAAAUUACGAAUAGAUCGAUUCGUCGAGUGGAUUGUUUUGAACGUUGCGAAUGUUUUCAUGUCUUUUUCAACGCUAACGAAUGUUCGAAAUGGAUCGACUCCAGUCUUGGUCAUCAAUGUGAAGUUUUUUGUAUCAAAGUAGAAAAUCAAGACAACAUUAUUGACCUUGUUCAGAAAAUGCCAAAUCUUCGAGCACUAAUAUGUGAAUGUAAAAGAGACAAAUUGAGUAAGGGCGAUACAACAUCUUCAGACAAAGAUGACUUCAUUGAACGAUUGAAAGAAGAUUUACCAGCAAAAUGCAUUGUGAAUAGAGAUGUAAGAAAUUACAAGCGUAUUCGAUUAUGGAUUGAGAAAUGA